GGCUCGUUGCGGGAAGAUUGGCCGGAUCCGGGUCCCCGGGACUCUGCUUUGGCCAAGCGCAUCGAAAGACGCGGUGCUGGGCGAUCCUGCACCCAUCCCCGCCGCCUUCGCUGCGCCCGCUCUGCUUCCCAAGAAAGGAUGAGACUUCUGUGGUGUGUAAUGAGUCUCUACUUCUAUGGGAUCUUGCAAAGUGAUGCCUCAGAACGCUGUGAUGACUGGGGGCUAGAUACCAUGAGGCAGAUCCAAGUGUAUGAAGAUGAACCAGCACGUAUCAAGUGCCCACUCUUUGAACACUUCUUGAAAUAUAACUACAGUACAGCGCAUUCAACAGGCCUUACUCUGAUCUGGUAUUGGACAAGGCAGGACCGGGACCUUGAGGAGCCGAUUAACUUCCGCCUCCCUGAGAACCGCAUCAGUAAGGAGAAAGAUGUGCUCUGGUUCCGGCCCACACUCCUCAAUGACACAGGCAACUAUACCUGCAUGUUAAGGAACACUACAUAUUGCAGCAAAGUUGCAUUUCCUCUGGAAGUGGUUCGAAAAGAUAGCUGCUUCAAUUCUCCCAUGAAAUUUCCAGUGCAUAGAUUAUAUUUAGAAUAUGGUGUUCAGAAGAUCACUUGUCCAAACAUUGAUGGAUUUUUUCCUUCUAGUGUCAAGCCAACCAUCACUUGGUAUAUGGGCUGUUAUAAAAUACACAACUUUAAUAAUGUAAUACCCGAAGGCAUGAACUUGAGUUUUAUCAUAGCCAUGGUUUCAAAUAAUGGAGAUUACACAUGUGUUGUUACAUAUCCAGAAAAUGGACGUACCUUCUAUCUCACCAGGACUCAGACUGUAAAGGUGGUAGGCUCUCCAAACGAUGCAUUGCCUCCCCAGUUCUAUUCACCCACUGAUCUUGUGGUCUACGAGAAAGAACCGGGAGAGGAGCUACUCAUCCCCUGUAAAGUCUUUUUUACUUUCCUGAAGGACUCUCGCAAUGAGGUUUGGUGGACCAUUGAUGGAAAAAAGCCAGAGGACACCACUAUUGACGUAGCAGUUAAUGAAAGUGUAACUCUGAGUAUAACAGAAGAUGAGACAAGGACUCAGCUUCUGAGCAUCAAGAAAGUUACUGCUGAGGAUCUCAAGCGCAACUAUGUCUGUCAUGCCAGAAAUGCCAAAGGGGAGGUUGACAAACCAGCCAAGGUGAAACAGAAAGCUCCAAGAUACACAGUGGAACUGGCGUGUGGUUUUGGAGCCACAGUCCUACUGGUGGUGAUUCUCAUUGUUGUUUACCAUGUUUACUGGCUAGAGAUGGUCCUAUUUUACCGGGCUCAUUUUGGAACGGAUGAAACCAUUUUAGAUGGGAAGGAAUAUGAUAUUUAUGUAUCCUAUGCAAGGAAUGCUGAAGAAGAAGAAUUUGUAUUACUGACCCUCCGUGGAGUCUUGGAGAAUGAAUUUGGAUACAAGCUGUGCAUCUUUGACCGAGACAGUCUGCCUGGGGGAAUUGUCACAGAUGAGACCUUGAGCUUCAUUCAGAAAAGCAGACGCCUCCUGGUUGUACUAAGCCCCAACUACGUGCUCCAGGGAACCCAAGCCCUCCUGGAGCUCAAGGCUGGCCUAGAAAACAUGGCCUCUCGGGGCAACAUCAACGUCAUUUUAGUACAGUACAAAGCUGUGAAGGAAACGAAGGUGAAAGAGCUGAAGAGGGCUAAGACGGUGCUCACGGUCAUUAAAUGGAAAGGGGAGAAAUCCAAGUAUCCGCAGGGCAGAUUUUGGAAGCAGCUGCAGGUGGCCAUGCCAGUGAAGAAAAUUUCCAGGUGCUCUAGAAGUGGCGAACAGGGUCUCUCCUAUUCAUCCUUGAAAAAUGUAUGAAAGGGCCACUGAAAGGGGUAAAAAGAUCCAAGGGUACUCCAGGAAGGAAGAAUUCCCCCUUCUUUAUUCCCAAUUUAUUGCUUCACUGACAGAAAAAAAUUCUAUGGAAGCCUCCCCAUAGAAGUAAAUUCAGGGUGACUGUAGGAAGAGCUGUUCUGCUUCCUCAGGCAAUAGUAAGGCUUAGAAUGCUAGUGCCACCUCCUGCCACCAGCGUCUGAUGUCAGUAUGUUCUUUGCAGACAAAGACCUGGUUGAUGUGAAUUUCCCCUUCUGCAUCCUCCAUUCCUUCCCCUACUCAUCUCUAUCCUCUCACUCUCUCUCUCUCUUUUGAAAUAAUCUUAAAAUUAUGGGGCAGCCUUUGCUGUGGAUUUAAAGACCCCUUAAAGAUGAGUCAUCUGUUAACAGGGUCAUUAUGAGUUUCCAAGUAUAGUUUUCUUUUUCUUUUAUUUUUACUCAUCCAUUAAAAAGAUAAUCAGGGCCUAAAUUUAUUUUAGCUAAGGAUAAAAACUCUUUUGCUCAUUCAGCUGGAUCAGACACCCUCGUAGCAAGACUGACUUAGGAAGAUACAAAGCAGAGUAACUGAAAAUGUUCCUUAGACAGUAAUUGGUUUAAAGGGCUUGCCUGAAUUGUCUCCUACUAUGCAACCCAUGUCCUCUAUCUCAGGUAAUUGAUAUCACAUUUGUCAACUUGAAAAAUGUAUAGUAAUUGUUAUCAAACUCCCGAUUAUCUGUAGGUUGACCCAUAUUUAUCAUUCCCUCUCCCUACCUACUGCAUCUUGUGUCAGUCAUUGGGAGUUUGCAGGUGGUUCCUCACUUGGUGCAGUCGGAUAGGAGCCUUCUUUUAAUGGUGCUAAUACCAAGUAAAAUAACAGCAAAAAGCUUUUAGGGCAUUUUCUGUCUUAUGAGAAAAGCACAGAACAGGGUGUUUGUCAUUUUGUCUUUUAAUCUCAACCUUGCUAAUGUGAAUAUUAGGAAAGUAAUUUCUCAUUUGUUUCUGUCUCCCCAUUGUAAAGUGUGAAAGUUAGACUUAGUGACCUUGAGAGCGCUUUUAGCAUUAAUAUUCUAAGAGCAUUAACUGGACCCCAAGCAUUUUUCAUAGUUUAUUCACUGGUACAGUUAAUACAUUCACUCCAAACAAGUCAGUCUGAAUAGUCACUGUUAAUGAAAUGUGUUUUAGUUUGUUUUAAGUAAAGUUUUACUGUUCUUAAGACUUGGAAAAGUGAAAACUAAGUCCAGAGUUUACAGAGUGGUGAAUAUCUAUGUUACAUAUAGAGUUUUAAAAAUAUAUGUAUGUAUAUACACUCAAGAAUUAUAUAUGUAUAUAUAUUGCAUACAUAUACACAUGAAUUACAUAUAUAUACAUAUAUACAUACAUGAA